GUUACGGACGAGUUGUUUCCCCGCCCCUCCAUCUACUUGUUUGCCACAGGUCUGACCUCCAAGAGAGGUCGCCGCCUGGGGUGGGUGUGGGGAACUUCAGGCUCGGUUCCGCGGCCUCCUACCGCAGAGAGAACAGACUUUCGGACUUUAGAGGUUGAGGCUUCCUCCUCUGACGACCUUUAGGGCAUCUCUUGAGAAGGUGGAAAAUUUCUGUGUUGGCCCGCUACUCUUAAGCAAAGAUGCAUCCAGAUUUAUCUCCACACCUUCACACUGAGGAAUGUAAUAUCUUAAUUAACCUAUUAAAAGAGUGCCACAAAAAGCACAAUGUCCUGAAAUUUUUUGGUCACUGUAAUGAAAUUGAUCGUGAGAUGCGGAAAUGCCUAAAGAAAGAGUAUGGAGAAAGGAGGGCCAAGAGCAGGGCAAUGGGAGAAGCUAAGCGACAGAAACUUUCUGGUAUUUCAGAAGAGUCGGAGAACUGAGUUCUGCUCUCACUGGACAUCUUGACUAAGAUAAAUAAACAUCUGGACAGUUAGCUAAUGACUUAAAGAAUGUCACCAUUCUUAAACAGUGAACCUUUUUAUGAGCUGCAGAGAAAUUUGGAAAUUGGUAGUAUAAAACUUGUAAUUGCAAGACUACAAGUUUGACCAUUCCUUGCCAUCAACAAAACAUCAACAUUUCAAUGAUGACUAUUUGUUUAUUGCCUUCUCUAAGAAAAUCAUUAUUUUCCUUUUGUCUACUAACCUAGAGGAAUAAAGAAAGGACAUUGCUAACAGCCUCAUCUUCAUAGCAACAUAAAAGUAUUGAUACUUCACUUCAGUAUCUGAAAACAUCUGUGUUCCUUCUAUAAGAUCUAAGCCAUCUUCCACACCUUAGGAGACAGCCUUCAUGAAUUGUUCAUUGAAAAAAAGACUUUUUUAAAAAGUAAUGAAAAUAAGUUGAAGAUGGAGGGUUCUGGGAAUCUUUUGCCCAAGAUAAAAAUGUUCUAGUUUUCAUUUAUACACGGAAAGCUAUUUUCCUCAGUGAUUAAAAAUUUGUGAUACAAA